AUGGAAUCAACAAGUCACAAACCUAACAGAGGAGAGGAAUGGACCGAGAUUGUAGAAGAAGAGCACAGGAAUCGAUCGAGAUCGGAGACACAGCACAGGAAUCGAUCGAGAGAUCGUAGAAGAAGAGCUCUCGGCGGUGGCGAAGAAGAAGAAGAAGAGAAACGUCGUGUGAAGGAGAAAGGAGAAGCCAAGUGCCAUAAAAACACUUUGGUUUUUCAAAACAACCUUUUUCAAAGCCAUGCUGUUCUUAAAGUCCAUUGCAAAUCAAGAGACGACGAUCUUGGCGAUCACUUUGUAAACUUUCAGGGUCCUGGAUAUGAUUUUAGAUUUGGUGACAACAUCUUUUUGACGACGAAGUGGCAUUGUAGCUUAGCGAAGGGAACUAAUCCGCAAUAUUCUAGAGAGUUUCAAGCAUAUGAAGGAGCUCCAAUUUUUAGACGAUGCAGCGCAGUAUACGCUUGGGAGGCACGAGAUGAUGGUAUCUACUUGUCCAAAAAUCGUGAGCCUCUACAACUCAUGUAUAGUUGGGAUAAAAUUUAA